ACCUCUUAUUCAAAUCGCACCAGAAUCUUGUCCAUACCCUCCUCCCCUGCUAAUCAAGAAUAAAAAAAAGGAAAACACUGCAAAAUUAGAAUGACUCAAACUUCUCUAGUAUCAACAAUGGAUACAACUCCUCCAUCUCAUCGAUCUGAGCCACGAAGCCGAACAAAAUCAGCAUCAAGACUCUCAAAACUCCGCCGAUAUGAUGAAGAAAAUGAAUCUCUUACUCCAAGAGUCUCUCUUGAAAUAGUCCCUUCACCAAGAUUACCAGCUUCUCCAACGAUGUCACCUAAUAAGCCUCCUUACAGUAAUAAUCUCCCGCUUCACGAGCUGGUACUUCUUUCGCCUUCUCCUUCUCCUCUUCGAAAAUCCAGGACUCGUCUUGCUGAUAAGCUUGAAUUGGUUGACGAUGGGGUUGAGCCUAAUGGGGUUCGUACAAGGAGAAGAAGUAGAAACUCUUUAGUUGGUGCUUCGCCACGAAAUAAUAGAAGAUCAAGGAGAAGGUUAGAGCAAGAAAUGAGAGAAGAUAGAGAUUUGGGGUUAGUUGAGGAAGUGGUUAAACCAAGAAAGAAGAGGAAUAGUGGUAAAUCCAAAAAGGAUAAGCUUAACUUGGUUCUUUCAAAUUCAACAACAAUAGAAGCAAAAGGAGGAGAAGGGUGUGAUUUAAUAAACAGAAUUGAGCUGCUGUUAAGUGAUUUAGUGAUGUGGAGGGAUGUGGCAAGGUCAAGCCUCUGGUUUGGUUUAGGGUCUCUCUGUUUUUUAUCUUGUUGUUUUGCAAAAGGAGUUACUUUUAGCAUUUUUUCUAUCAUGUCGCAAUUGGGAUUACUGUUUUUGGUUGUUUCAUUCUUCUCACAUUCCAUUCGCCAAAGAGAUGGUUCAGAAGUAAAGAGUGAAUUUCAGCUGACUGAAGAUGACAUUUUGAGAAUGGGAAGAUUGAUACUUCCAGCUGCAAAUCUUGCAAUUUCGAAAACAAGAGAGCUUUUUUCAGGAGAACCUGCUAUGACCCUCAAAUUAGUACCAGUCCUGCUAAUUGGAGCUGAGUAUGGCCAUUUGAUAACUCUAUGGAGGCUCUGUGCCCUCGGAUUUUUCAUCAGUUUUACUGCCCCAAAACUGUAUUCCUCUUAUUCUUCUCAGAUAUCUAAUAAAGCCAACUAUAUGAAAUGUUGGAUGAUGGAGACAUGGGGAGCUUGCUCUCACAAGAAAAUGAUAGCAGCAUCAGCAUUGACUGCAUUUUGGAACCUAACCUCUGUCAGAACACGAAUCUUCACAGCAUUCAUAUGUCUGGUAAUAUUCAGAUACUGUAGACAACAUAUAGAGGCAAAGAUUGAAGAAGUGGUCGGAGUGGAAGAAGAAGAAGAAGAGCAGCAGCAGGCAUUGGUUGUGUUGGAACCUGUCAAAAAAGGGGGCAUAGUAUAGUAUGUCAAGGAAUCACUGCUAGUACUAACAGUAACUCCUCUUGUUAUUUCUAAUUCUAUCUAGGAGGAAGAAAAUAUUGUUGCAUUUCCUGGUUUUUUGUAUAUCCAACCAAAGCCAAGGAAGAAGAGCUCUACUGUUCUCCUGGAAAUAACUUCUUUAUUUUUCCACUAUUUUACUUAUCUACCAUUUUGAAGGAAAUAAACAAAAGAUUUGCGGACAUUGGAGCUAUUA